AUGGGUAAACCUCCAAAUUUUUCAAAAGAUGUUAUUACCAAUAGGAAUGAUUUGGAGAAGUCAUCAACUAUCAUGCUUAAUGAGUUGUGUUCACCGGCAAUUAUCAAUGGUUUGUCAAUCAAGAUGGGAGAUCUAGAUCAACUCACUUUGCGUUGUGAAUUUGGAAAUUCUACUUCUAUAAAUGCAUUAGCUGAUUCAGGGGCAAGCAUCAACUUUAUUCCCUAUUCUUUCUAUAAGAAUCUCGGUCUAACAAGGUUCCAAGAGACAAAGAUGACACUUAGAAUGCUGGAUCACUCGAUAAUUAACCCAUAUGGAAUCAUUGAAGACUUCUUAUUGCAAGUGGGAAAGUUUGUGUUUCCGAUUGAAUUUAUGGUUCUCGACAUGAAGGAAGAUGAAGAACUUCAUAUAAUUUUUGGAUGGCCAUUUUUUAGUACUGAAAGAGCUCUAGUUUACAUCCAUAACUCAAAACGCACACUUUGUUUGGAAGAUGAAGCAAUUACUUUUGAAAUGAGUCCAAAAGUGAGUCAUGAAAAGCCAAAAUAUGAAAUGUCAAAGAUGCAUGUUGUGGAAGAAGAUAUUAAUGAGCUAGAGGAAAUUGAAAAGAUGAUGGAAGAAGAAUUAAAGGUAUAG